AUGCCUAUUGCCGAGAAACGAAAACCUCGCGACAAGCCUUGCCCAUACAACCGCCAGCUGAGAGCGGCGAAAAACAAAGAUGCACCUGCAACUUCUGCAAAGCCUCCAGUGCAGAGAUCAAGACAGAACCUUACACUAGGAGACUGGCUUACUGUCUUCACCUACAUUGAUACCCACCCCAAUACACCACAAGCAGACAUUGUUGCACACUUUUGCACCUUGAAAUCAGGAGCGCUGAUCUUUACACAGUCAGCUUUAUCACAGAAAUUGAAGGAUCACAUCGCAUUGGAGGCUCGCAUCAAUGACAAUCCAAGUGCUUUGUCAGCAAAACACCCGCGGAUUGUGACAAGACCUGAUGUUGAGAAGGCCUUAGUCCUGUGGAUCCAGAGCAUGGAAGCCAGGGGCGAGCACUUUAUUGGGCCAAUGCUGAAGGAGAAGCAGAAGCACUUUGAAGAUAAUUGUCAGGUGCCAAUUGAGGAGCGGCUGAUAGGUGAUGGAUGGGAUGCAUCCUUUUGUAGGACCUACAACAUCCAAGAGUAUCGCCGGCAUGGUGAGGCAGGGUCAGUUGAUCUUGAUGCAGUCAGUGCCGAGCGUGAGCGGUGCCAAAAAAUUCUCUUGCAAUUUGCUCCGAGAGAUUGGUGGAAUUUUAACGUAACAGCCUUAUUUCCAUUUGCUCCACCAGACCGAGGCCUCGCAACAAAGCAAAUGAGUGGGAAGAAAAAGGAGAAGUUCCGAAUCUCCGUUGGUCUUGCAUGCAAUGCAGAUGGGAGUGAGAAGUUUGAGCCCAUUUACAUUGGGAAGUCAAGAAGGCCAUGCUGCUUUAAAAAGCAAUCACCAAAGCAGCUUGGUAUUUAUUACCGGAAUAAUAAGAAGGCCUGGAUAACUACUGCACUGUUUGAAGAAUGGAUGAAGCAUUUUAAUCUCAAGAUGCGAAACAAGAACCGUCAGGUCUGCCUAUUUGUAGAUGGCUUUUCUGCACACAAGCUAUCAUACCAACCAACUAAUGUUCGGAUGGAGGUUUUCAAAGCAAAUAUGACUUUGUUUGUGCAGCCAUGUGAUGCAGGCAUCAUCUGCUGCUUCAAGGCUGGAUAUAGGAAGACUUACUGUGCAAAAGCACUUGACCUUGAUGAAGCUGGCAAGAGGGACAUUUAUUCAAUCAAUUUACUUGAAGGUAUUUUGAUGGCGAAGGCUGCUUGGGAAGCAGUUACAUUGACUACUAUCCAUCACUGCUGGGAUCACAGUCAAAUUCAACCGUAUGUCAAGAUCUGA